AUGUAUAAUAACAAUAAUAAUAAUAGUAAUAUAAACAAUAUUAAUAAUAAUAAUGAUAAAUUCUUUAUAAUUUGGAAAAAUAAUAUACUUCGUAAUAAGAUACUUACUUAUAAUAAACUAUAUAAUGAAAUAAGCAAAAUCAUCUCACUAAAAUUUGAUAAACACUCGGACUAUUAUCAAUACAACGACAACAUUAAUAAUGAUAACCCUUUUUCAAUAAAAUCAAUUUCAAUUAAUGGAGAUUCAUUUAAAGAAUCAAAAAAAAAAUUUUUAGAAUUUUUAAACCAACUCUCACCAAAUAUAAAUAGUUUAAAAAUCUCCCAUUAUUUUUUACUUACCCCAAUUCCAAUUGAAGAGCUAAAACUACCAGAAACACUAAAAGAGUUUAAAUUUGGCAUGCUCUGUUUAGAAAUAUCCAUUUUAGCCAAAGCAUCAACACUUUUUAACUACUAUUUCAAUUAUCAGCAAAUAAUAGAAAACUCACCAUUUAAAUAUUUAGAAUCAUUACAAUUAGGCCCAUUUUGUGACCCAUCAGUACUUUUUUAUUUACCAGACUCAAUCAAAAGAUUAGAACUUUCCAUGGAUUUUCCUAAACCAAUAACCAAAUUACCAAAACUGCUAAACACAUUAAUAAUAGUUACUGAAUAUGACCAUCCAACAUUAAACUUCCCACCAAACUUAAAAAACUUUGAAAUUCGAUCAUAUAAAAAAGAUGCCCCAAAUACUCAACCAAACAAUACAAUGUAUAAUAGCAUUCCAUCUUCACUUUCAAGUCUAUCAAUUUAUUUAUUCAAUAAUACUCAUAUAGAUUUUAAAUGGAUAAAUGAUCAGAGUUAUAGUUUAAAAAAAGUUUCUUUAUCAUUUCCAACUUUUUUAUUUUUAUUUAAACCAAUCUCAGUACUACAACAACAGCAACAGCAACUACAGCAACAAAAUUCAACAAUAGAACAAAAUGAAGUAGAUAAAUUAAUUGAAAUUAACAACAAAUAUAUAAAUAAUAAUUUAAAAUCAUUAAAAUCAUUAUCUAAUAUUAAAAUAGAUUUAACAUCAAAAACUUUUGACAUUGGAAUAAUACCACAAAAUAUAAAAUCAUUUAAAAUAUGCCACCGAACUCCCUCAAUUAUAGAAAAUAAAUAUGGCAUUGGUUUCCCCAAAACUCUUAAAAAACUGCAAUGCGAAAACUUCCAAAUAUCAUUUAAUUUUCAAGAUCCCUCAAAUUUAAAGAAACUUAUUUUAUUCGAUAGAAGAAUAUACAAUAGUGAUAGUUCAGUUUCAGAUUUAUUUUUAAAAUUUAAUAAUUUAAAAUCACUAAGAUAUAUAACUCUUUUCCAUUCAGUAUUAUUACCACCACUCGAAAAAAUGAAGAAUAUUACAAAUUUAGAGAUGGUUGAUUACAGCCAAGGGAAUAUAGAUCAAGUGGACAAUAUCUUACCAAACCACAACUAUUUAAGAGAUUCAAGUUUAAAGUCCAUAAUGUUAGAUACCAUUUUCACAGGCUACAUGAUUCAUCUUAUGAACCAACACAAUAUAUCACCGUUCCCAUCAACACUUCGAAUUUUGGAUUUAAAUUUUUCAUUUUCAGAGUAUAACAUAAAUAUCAUUGAUCCAAAUAUUAUAAUGGAAAGUAUACCAAUACUAUCUCAAGAUUUUAUCCCUCCUUCAACUUCAGUACUUAUUAUUCGUGGUGAUAAAAAACCAUCCUAUAAACUACCACUACCAUUAUCUCUACAAUUUCUAUUUAUAGCAGAUGAAAAUGAAAUUUUAAAAGAUCAAAUCUUUUUUUCAAAUUACUCAAAUAUUAUCACAACUUUUUCAAAUUCUAAUGAUAUAUAUACAUUCAAAAAUUCAAAAAUAUUUAAAAAAUUUAGAAAAUAUUUAUUGAAAUAA